CGGGUUUGUGUGUCUGGGAACCUGCUACUGGUUUCCCCAUCCACACUCCACACACACUCACUCACAGUCACAGACGGUCGCUCCACAGAAACGGCAGCAGGAAAAACAAACUCUUCUCCCGCCGCGGCUCAGAAAGCAACAACUGUCGCAGAAGUGAAGUCGACGCGAUGUUAAUCCCGAAAUGCUACCGUUUAGUCUGAGUGGACAGCUAACAAUAAGGAAGAGGCUGCUGAAAAGUGGGUGAACUGUGACAGCUGGAGAAAUUAACCGACGGAUUUGUGGACCGCACGUGGGGGAAAAGCAUCGUUGUAACACAUUGCGAAGAGUGGGUCUCGUCCUCUCCACUUAACUGCGUGCCAGCCCUUCACUCCUGCCUACUUCAGAGAUGAGUGCCAAAUCAGCCAUCAACAAGGAGGUCUUCACACCCCACAACGAGAAGAUGCUUGCUGCUGUGCAGGUGAGGCGGAGGACCAAGAAGAAGAUCCCCUUCCUGGCCACCGGUGGUCAGGGAGACUACAUGACCUUCAUCUGCCUCUCAGUGACAAAUAAGAAACCAUCCCAUGUAUCGAUCACAAAGGUGAAGCAAUUCCAAGGAUCUUCUGCCUUUGUAAAAAGGUCACAGUGGACAAUCGACCAGCUACGACAGGUCAAUGGCAUUGACCCUAACAAAGACUGUCCAGAGUUUGACCUGAUGUUCGAGAAUGCUUUUGACCAGUGGGUUGCUGGUUCAGCAGGAGAGAAGUGCACCUUUGUCCAGAUUCUUCACCACACCUGUCAGCGCUACAGCUCUGCCCGGAAACCAGAGUUCGUCAACUGUCAGUCCAAACUGCUGGGGGGUAACAGUAUACUACAUUCAGCUGCAGACAGUGUGACGAGUGCUGUACAGAAGGCCAGCCAGGCUCUGAAUGAACGUGGGGAGCGAUUAGGUCGGGCUGAGGAGAGGACUGCAGACAUGAUGAACAGUGCUGAACAGUUCGCUGUCACAGCACACAAGCUUGCCAUGAAGCACAAGUGUUAAACCACUGCCAAAACCAACUGGGCUGGGGGGUCACCAAUCGCCAGUCGCUGUACAGGAGAAGGAUUCCAGAUUUUAUUCUUUUUAAAAAAAUUUUAAUGAGUACUAUUUGUUAACAAUGUUAACAUUCUAAUGUUUUUUGGCUAUUGUAUUCUGGUGCAUCUUGUUCUUAUCAAUGGGGACACAGCUAGCAGAAGGGAGGAGGAGAGGUAAACAUAGCUACUGUACUUUAGACUGUCAACAGAAUGUGUCACGCUUCUGUUUGCCAAAACAGUUACAAGCCACAGCCAUGACUGUACUUGAUAACUAUGGUCACCGUAAACCCUUUCCCUUUUCACUCAGACACUAAUGUGAGUGUACACAUGCUGACAAGUUAUUAUCAGCUAUCACUCCAAGACAAGGAAUGGCUUGUCUCACAGAUUAUUAAUUGUUUACUGUUAUUUAUGAGCACUGCAGUGAUUAUGCAGUCUGAUUAAUGAGUGACAGGCCCUCUCAUGGGUUUCACAGGUGUUGACUUAAGAGUGGGUGGCAAUGCACCACACAAAUAACAGAUACAUACCUAAAGACAGGCUAGACGUUCCUGUGGGAUGUCAGACGAAAUUAAUACUCACAUCUGUGCUACUAACACAGAGAAAACAUCAACUCUACCCCUAAACAUCAAUAAAUCCCCAAGUAUUAAUUUUCAGUUUAAUAAAUAAUAAUAUCUCUCUUUUGACUGUUUGGACGUGUCACUCUUUAGAUCUGUUGUUUUGUCCAUCAUUUCAAAAUGUAUGAAAGCAGUAUUAGUCAAAAGUGUGUCCAACAUUUUAUUUUGUAAACUGCAGGUGAGAAAGAAUCGAGUGACUUGGUUUGGGUAACACAGUAAAUGAGAACAGUGAAAAGUUUUAACCCUCUGUUAGACUUGUCUACCAUUCAAAACAACCAAAACUAAAUGGAAAAUGUUUGCCAGCAUUUUUGUAAGUGUACUUGAAGAACUCUGUUUUGAGAAUAAGCUUUUUUUUCUUUCAGAAAAUUAAUUUAUGUUAAAGGGGGGGCAUUUCAGUAAACCAGCUUCUGCAUUGUAAAAAGCAAAACAUGUAAUUCUUCUAGUACUAUUAUCAAUGUCUGUAGAGCUAAUGUGUCCCAUGAACGUGGGAUGUUUUAAAUUACUCCUGGCUGUAUUUCAAAUUAAAUCACUCAGUAGUCAUAUCUUGUGCUUUUUAGUAUAAUUGGGUUGGUCAUUAUAAUGAUCUAUAUACUGGUAGCUAAUGGACAAAAUAUCACAAAUAGCAACAGCGCAGUGUCGUACUUUAUCUGUUGUCAGUGCUCUCUAACUGACUGUGACUUUGGCUUCCUCACUGGCAAGACACCACCCUCACAAUGGAGAUGUAUUUGAUUUUUUUAAUUUUUUUUUAUACAUUUUAAUUUUAUAAUUCAUGAUGUUACAAUGCACUGACAACUUUAUCUUGCAGAGCACUGUGGAGUUCUUAAUGAAACGUUCCAGUUGCCUAAAUCUUAGUGUGCUUUUAUUCCUCUCUAACACUUUGGAUGUUCAUUGUUUUAAUAAAAAUAUAUAUAUACAGUAUAGAAAAAUGAAUUUAUAUUAUUGUGUCAUUUUUAUAACCAGCUUUAACAGUCUCAUCAAAGAAUGGUAUCAGAAGUUGUACAUUUAUUUUGUUGGGUGUUAUUGUAUUUGCGUGUUUUACUUGUAGAUAUUCCCUACUCAUAAACAAUAAGCUGCCAAAAAGCUAACAGUGUCUCAAGGUUCGUUAUGUCAUUCUUUCUAUCUGAUGUUCUCAGUCAAUGCCUCAACAAUGCUUAUACACUGAUUUCAGCUCUCUUUAACACUGUAACAUGUAAAAUAAAGUCCAAUCCACAAUCAAAAUAAAGUGGUUCUUUAUUAGUGCC